AGAGCAGCUGUCUCUGUCAGUCAGUCCGUCAUGCUGCAUCAUAGAAGGUUUAAGCUUGCCCACAGAGGGCUAGAAAUGUUGGGUGGAGACAAGUAGUUCGGAUUCACUGUAUUUCUGUGUAACUUAUCUGGAUUAAUAUUUACACAAACCCAAAGGUAUUGAUCCUAGACUACAGACAAAAAACAAUAGUUGCUUUUAAAGAUUUUCUGUGUGGGGCAUUCUUGUUUCCUGCUUGGACACUUUAAGCAUGGACACUCAACAGUCCAAUGCCAUGAAGGAGGACUCAAAGACCAAAGAAGGUGCUGCUGUGGAUGCAGAGCUUGCCAAAGCCAUAAUGUCUCGAUGUUUCCACCCCUCCGUCCUUGGACCUGAACCCUGGGAGGGAUACAUCUUCUCUGAUCUGGAGAUCCGUAUCAAAGAGUCCACAGACCUCUAUGGAGCUGUUCUCUGGCCCUCGGCAAUGGUGUUGUGCCAUUUCUUGGAGACCAACCGUGACGAACACCACAUGAUGGAUAAAAAUGUGAUUGAACUCGGUGCAGGAACCGGGCUCGUCUCCAUUGUGUCCAGCCUGUUGGGUGCUAAGGUGACUUCAACUGACCUGCCAGAUGUUUUGGGAAACCUCCGGUACAAUGUCAUGCGCAACACUAAGGGUCGAUGCAAGUACAUUCCUCUGGUGACAGAGCUCUUCUGGGGUAAGGAGGUGGAUCAGCGUUUCCCACGUGCCACACAUUGUUUCGAUUACAUCCUGGCAGCCGAUGUGGUGUAUUCCCAUCCUUACCUUGAGGAGCUGAUGGACACUUUUGACUACCUGUGCCAGGAAAACACACAGAUCCUGUGGGCCAUGAGAUUUCGUUUGGACCCAGAGAACAGCUUUGUCGACCGCUUUCGGCAACGCUUCAAUCUGGAGGAGUUGUACAACCUCCCCAGCCUGAGCAUCAAACUGUACCGAGCUUCGAGGAGGGACAAGAGAGCGACUACUUCCUGAUUGUGUGUGUGUGUGUGUGUGUGUGUGUGUGUGUGUGUGUGUGUGUGUGUGUGUGUGUGUGUGUGUGUGUGUGUGUGUGUGUGUGUGUGUGUGUGUGUGUGUGUGUGUGUGUGUGUGUGUGUGUGUGUGUGUGUGUGUGUGUGUGUUGAUAUGGCAAUGUUCUAUUUCUUUUUUAUGUCAAGUGCUUUCAUGGAUGUAGUCCAGUGGUCUAAAUCUCUCUUCUACCUCUCGUCUUUAUGAUAGUGGUUUGAUUUGCCAAUAUUUUGCAACAUUAAGUUAUGAUCCAUGUUUUUCACCUUUUGUAAUUUGAUUUACUUGUGUAUUUAUUUACUAAAAAUGCAAUACAAUGCAAUAAUAUUAAAUAUGACCUCAGACUCCAAUAGUACCAUUAAAUUCAAUCUGCCACCGUUUCCUUGUUGCUGAUCUGAUUAUUAAGUGCCCUCUGAAAACUAAGGGAUAUUUUGAACCUAAAUUGUUUUCUUUAAUAAUUAAUUUGGCAACUUUGUUUCAAUGCACACAUUUAAUGUUGUUCAUGUUUAAUAGGGUGGCAUUUUGGGUUGGUCUCACCAGUUAGGAUGGUGACAUCAAUACUCCAAAUGCUUUUUUGUUUUUGUCACAUGGCUAAGCU